AUUAGUAGUAGCACAUCAUCAGCGCACUCAGAUCUAAAGUAGUUCCACAACUCACACAUUGGGUCGUUGACCAGACACCGAGAAAGGAAAAAGAAAAAACAUGGAGGAAACGGCGCAUCCGUACGUUCCGAGAGAUCUGAAGCUGCCGGGAUACGUGCCAAUCUCAAUGUCCAUGUCCACCAUCCUCGCUGUCUACCUUGGUUGUUCCCUCCUUGUCGUCUCCCUCGUCUGGCUUCUCUUGGGGAGGAAGAAAGCUAAAGUAGAGAAAUUGCUAAUGUGUUGGUGGGCAUUCACUGGUCUCACUCACAUUAUCCUCGAGGGCUAUUUCGUUUUCACCCCUGAGUUUUUCAAGGACAACACUUCUUGUUAUCUCGCUGAAGUCUGGAAAGAGUAUAGCAAAGGUGACUCGAGAUACGCAGGAAGGGAUUCAGCAAUUGUAUCUAUUGAAGGGAUCACUGCUGUUAUCGUAGGCCCAGCUUGUCUCCUAGCUAUAUAUGCCAUUGCUAAGGAGAAGUCGUAUAGCUACGUGCUUCAGCUUGCGAUUUCGCUUGGCCAGCUCUACGGAUGUUUGGUAUACUUCAUCACUGCUAUCUUGGAAGGAGACAACUUUGCAACAAACUCAUUCUACUAUUACUCAUACUACAUCGGGGCUAACGGAUGGUGGAUCUUGAUACCGUUACUCAUUUCUUUCCGUUGCUGGAAAAAGAUUUGUGCAGCUGCUGCCAACAACAACGUCCAGCCAAGGACAAAGAAGAAAACCCGUUGAAGCGGAGAUCAAAGACUCUUCUUCCAAUUCUACCUAGUGUUGUUCUCCUGAUCUCUUCAGUUUAUUUGCUAUGAUUGCAGUGACCAUGAGUCUCCUUUUGCGGAUGAUUUAUCCAUUUCAGAACUUUGGCUAUGUUAUCUCUUUACAGCAAUGAAAUUUGCACUUUUGUUAAGCUUUUA